CUGAAAUCUAUUGGAUUUUAAAUGACUGGGAAUUUCAACUCAAGGUCAGCCUUCUGAUCACCUGUUCGUGUUUAUGGAUGUAGUCCGUCCUAGUCCACACAGAAUCACAAGAAAAAGUUUACUUCAAGUGGCUGAAUUAGUAAUAAAGUCGCAAAUCGAGUCUUCCGUCCAUCGAAUACCAGAUGAAAGUUUCCCGGACGUUCAGAAUUUUCUUGCAGUUUUAGAAAAUUUAUUCUACCAUGGUUUAAAACGUAGGUCUUUGGAUUUCGUAAUGCUCAGCUCACAAUUUUCUGGUUGGGAAGAAAGUCUCAAAGCACCCUUGGUGUCUCAUACUUCAAUUAUCUAAUUUACCCAGUUUUUCACAUACGUCUUCAGUGAAACUUCUUGAUCAUCUCAAGAGUGAUUUUUCAAAGGUAUCAGCUUCUUUAAUCUUGCAACGUUCCAGCUUCGGGCUUGGAUCAAACUGUCUAUUGUUAGGUGUUGUCUGCACUCUGCAAUGCUAGAUUUAGUUCACCUGAAGCCCAAUUUGACGAAAUAUUAUUCCCGGGAUGCUAUCUUCCGUUCGGAAGAAAUAUUUAAUCUAAUUGAUUCUCUCGUAGGAUUGGAAAAUGUACAGUUUAAUUUGGACUUUAAAACUGAACUCGUGGAAUAUUCCUAUUGUGUUCCUCCAAUUGAUUUCUCACCUUUUCUUUUGUUCAAGCAGAGUUUAGAAACAAAACUUAGUGCAAUUUGUGAGUGUCGAAACGAGAAUACUGAGGAUAGGAAAUCGAGAUGUAUGUGGCGCCAUGGAUUUGAGAAAUUAAAACAAAAUCAGGUUUAUUCCUUAGAACAACUGCAUUAUCAUGAAGAAUUGAUUCAAAAACAGUUUACCCAGUUAAAUAAAUAUAAAGAACAAUUAAACUGUUAUAAAGAGACGACUGCGAGUCUGGAAAGUUACAUUUUGGAAUUACAAGUUAAGUUAACACUUACUCAUGAACAAUAUGACCAAGAGUUAAAACGUUUAGGUGUUAAUCAGUCAAGAUUAACGGCUCCAACAUUUCGUAAUAUUCCAAAUCGAUUUCAACAAAUACAUGAUAUCAAUGAAAAACCUUCAAAAAUCUCAUCAUUUCUAAAUUCAUCAGUAAAGCUCAUUCAUAAUGAAACUUGCGCUAGUGCUAGUACCAGCUAUCAAAUGCCAUCAAUCUUAUCAGUAGAUCAAGGUAUUGAUGCAUUAAGCUUGGAAGAUUCUUCAAAUCCUGAAAUAGAUAGCAAUAAUAAUCACUCAACAUCACUUGUCGAGCAUAUUCCCAGUGAAUCGAAAAGAUAUCGUUCAGUUAAAUUUACCGAAUCUAAUUCACAUAUGAAAAAAAUCGAUCAAGAUUCAUGCGUUUUGCCUAUGGAUGUAUCAAAUAGAAAGUCGAAUUCGAAACGUCUUCCUUUACCUAUAAGAGCACGUUCUAAUUCUCCAACUAAUACUACUACUACUAAUAGUAGUAGUUAUCCUAGUUCAAUAAGUGAAUCAUCUCAGCAAAAAUAUAAUAAAUCAAAGAGUCCAUUAAAAUCAAAAAAUUCUGGUCAAACUUUUCAUCAAAAAUCAAAAAUGCUUGUUAGUGUUCAAGAAAUACCAUCUGAACGUUUCAUCCUGCCGGAUAAUUCAUAUUCUACUGUAUCUUUUCCUAAUAAUAGUUCACCAAAAACUCUCGAGAGUAUGACAGUUGUUGUAAAACCAAGAAGUCAUAGCUUAUUCUCUUGUUAGUAAGUUAUAUCAUUUCACUAAUCUUUUGUUUCAUAAUAUAUUCUUUUGUAAAGCGAUAUAUUUUGUAUUCAAACGCUUAAAUACUGACUUUCUAACCUCUUUCUAGUCUUCAUGAGUCUCUUACUCGUGAGCAUUUACUUCCAAGACAAGGUUAAUCACAUUAUUAUACGUGAAGUUGAGCUUUUAAAAGCUUCUGUAACACAUGCUAAGAUCGAUACACAAAUUCAUAUUUGUGUCGAGUCAAAUACUGGUAUCACAAUCUGUGGUUUUCUAGAGUUCUCUUGAGGGUUUCUGAAGGACGCUGUUUGGUUGAAUUGUCUUUGUCAUUUGUGUUAUAACAUAUGACUUUUUUGUCGGUUAUACUUGUCUACUAUUUUAUUUAUUUAUUUAAACACAUAAACAUUGGUACAAGGAGGCACCAAAUCUAUAUGCGCCACACGUCGUCAUUCGAUUUGUGCGAGGGCUGGAAUACUACCCGUGAACCCGAACUGAACACAGAUGAUUUUCUUAGAGGGCUACCAUCCGGUCAUUUAGUCUAGAAGUCUAAUCCACAUGGCAGUGGAGCGACGUUAAGAGAUGCAGUUCCAUAAUAUCCGGUGGCCAACAAUAUGUCUGUACGUCUUUUUCUCCCUGAGGAUCCUGGAACCUAUGUGCACUAUUGGUUUGGAACCAGGGUUUUCCAACUAUCUCACAUGAAUCCUGCACAUUCACCAAACUGGUUAAGGUGCAAGACAUUCGCUUUCCGUUCUUUCAGUUCUUAGACAACACCCCUACCACGAGAAGGUAGUGAGUAUGACUUCCCUGACAGUGACUGUAUAUGCUAGAGCAUUUCGAGAGGGAGAGUCGACUCUCUACACCCUGGGCCGUAUAAGGGUAUCUGGGUUCAAAUAAAUAAACUUGGGUCUAAAUAUUUAUCUUGACUUGCUCUAAAAUUUCUUUAUCGAAUCUUCAGUUGUUUUAAUGUUACAUAAAAGUUUUUAUCAAAUAUUCAAAUGUCACUCAUUAAGAAGUUUUCCUUAUAUCAACAGUCCAUGAAAUUAAUAUUAUACCUCAGAAUAUAGCCCAUUAUUCUCCGACAUUUAGAUACAUUAGUGAUCGUAUAGUAACCACUACAGUACACUUGGUUGUCGAUUAAAAUGAUGAUGAUCUCGUGUGAACACUAUGAAUCAAAUUUUACACUCACAUUUAUUUAUUUUCAUUAGUUCUAUUAUUGUGACUUCCUCCAUGUGUACCAUUGUAAAUUGUGACAAUUUAUACCGGUAUACUUUUUGUGAAACUUUUAUCGUAUAACCUUUUAGUAGUCAUGAACACGACUGGAAAUUAUGACGCGCUUGUUAUAAAGCAGUUGGUCAUACAUUUUCAACAAGAAACAUUCACCACUCCGUCAUUUAAAUCGAUGGUCGAGUCUAUUCUAUUAAUUAGCAUUACCGAGUUGCGGAGUGGAUAUUAUACUUUAUUCAGUCAUUGUACAAUAUAGUUGCAUGACGAUAAUCGAGUUAACAUUAUCAAUGAUAUCCAUUUCACUAAAGCUAUAUAAUAAUCAAUAUUGAAUAAUACUUUUAGUCGUUGUUAUUACUACUAUUGUAGUGAUGGAGACUUGGUUAGGGAUAACCAUAUUGUUGUAACGUGAAGGACUGCAGAUUUUGAUAGCAACGUAUUGUCGAUCUGAUCAAUGACACGUAAAACCGUAUGAGCAAUCUAGAGUUCUGAUUGGUCCUGCUUCCUUGUCUAACCCAGCCAGUUGAGUCCAGAACACAAGUCUCAGCCUCUGAGUUAUGAAUCGUUAUAUUUCAAACAUACUCUUUUUAUAUACCAAUCAAACAAACCACAUCGUACCAUAAAAUAGAAAACAACAUUUGUACAAUAUUUAGCAAGUGAAAUAAAUAUCGACUAAUAGGAAAUGUCCAUUUAAAGCCCAAGGACACCAUUAGACUUAACAUGACAAUUAUUGGUAUAUUUUUCUGCACAUCAUAACACAUGUUUACAGAGUUCUUUGGCAGAUUGUGAAAACCAUACUUAUAAUACUUCAAUUGCAAAUUUCUCACCAGUUGUGCCUUACAUUCUGUAUGAUUCUUCCAACUCACAAUUCUAUCUUCUUAGCCUUCUGCUGCCAGACAUUCAACUUUUGACUGUUGUUAUAUACUAGUUAUGUCUGUCAACAUAAGUAGCACAAACCAUACUAUUACCAUUAUUUAUUAAUUUCUGAAAAAUUCCCAUAUUGUGAUUUAGAACAAUAUUGUUUUCGAUUAGAUCCUCAUCAGGCUUUACUCUAAUAUACAAGAACAUUUAUAUGCAUAUGCGAAGUUAUUAAACCAAUCAAGGAAGUCUAUGAGUCAAUGAUAACGGUGGAAUAGAUUACAUAAACAUAAUAAGUGAAAAGUACAAAUUGGUAGUGUGAUAAGAAUAAUAAAAGCUUAAAUCAAUGUUACAAUAAUAGGAAGUAGGUUAAUGAUUAGAAAAACAUAGACACCGAAAUAACAUUCAUAAAGAUUAUAAGAUUACGUAAUAAGAAGUGUUCAGUUAAUUGGACCGUGAAACUGUAUGUUUGAGAAAAAAAGAAAAUGGUAGGAGGGGGUGAAGAAAAAUAAACGAAGAAAGAGUAUGGAAAAUAAUAAUAAAUAAAAUCAUUUGUUAAGGCCAAGGGAGAGAUAAGGGUGUUACAGAUUCUUUAUGAACACAAAGACUUGGAUUGUUGGCUCGAAUUCCUAUAGCUUCUGCUAUGUGCAGGAGACGUUGUCGAACUCAAUAAGGAAAACUAGUGGGAAUACGAUAAAUAACUUUAAAUGACUUAUUACUGUCUACUACAUAACCACUAUCGAUCAAAUGUGAUAGAACCGAGCUGCGUAUUGCCUUGUCAAUACCUGUUCCUAACCGCGAAGGGAGGUGUUCACUAAAUCUUUGGCUCAUUUGUCUGGUAGUGCGCGCCCAAUAUAGCUUUCUCAAGAGGAGCAGCCGAGAUCGUAGAUACACAUAGAAGUGGCAUAACGAGGUAACUUAUCCUUUAGUUGAGGAAUCACCAUAGAUCGGGUCGUGUACAAUAGACAGAGGUUGGAUGCAUUAAACGUUCUCUUCACUGCUCUAGUCAGUCUAUAUCACAUAGUACAUCACCAGCUACAUCUCCAUUGAAUUGCAGCUUCAGGAAGGGAGGUUUCUUGCUAGCCGUUGAUGUAGCUAUUUUCUUGUUUGUUACGCACAAGUGUGUCUUCAGGAAACUUUGUGGAUAACCCAUUUCAGUCAACAUAUUAUGUAUGAGCUCUAAUUUCUUGUUAACAGUAUCGACCGAGCAUAUCUUUCUAGCUCUAUUUGCAAGACAUUUGACAAGGAUCCUCUUAUGAUGAAUAGGUACAAAGCUUAAGUAAUGUGCGUACUGGCUUGAUGAAGAACUUUUCCUAUGCACACUUCUAAUGACAGAACCGUUUUCUUUUCUGUUUAACAAAACGUCAAGGAAAUGUAGUUUAUUAUCUAGUUCCUCUUCACACGUAAAUUUAAUUGCUGGAUGUUUGUUGUUAAAUAGUACUGAGAGUUUUUCUUUUCCAAUUUUCUGAUAGACUAUAAUGAAAGUAUCAUCAGCAUAACGACAAUAGAAGUCAAGAUUAUCGAUAACCUUUUUGAGAGAUCCGUUUUCUAGUUUCGCGAGAAAGAAAUCAGCAAGGAUAAGACCUGGAGGUGAACCCAUCUCUAUAUCAUCAAUUUGUCUAUAAUAUGUGUUAUUAAAGACAAAAUAUGCAUUCAUUGUACAUUUCACAAGUAAUUCUUUGAGACUAACCUCGGGGAUUUCAAUAUUGAUCCGUUUUUCAAGUAGUUGUUGAGACACAAAGUCAAUAAUCUCAGUUAAUGGUACAUUGGUGAACAGGGAAGCAAUAUCUAAAGAUAUCAUCCGUUUCCCAUUUAAGUUCGUAUAUUCAGCUUUAGAAAUGAAAUCGAAAAGGUCUUUCACACUUCUUUUGACGACUAGGAUUCGAAUUAGCCACUUUGCAGUUUUAUAGUAAGGCGAAUUAUACAUAUCUAAAACUGGACAAAGAAGAAGUCCUGUCUUGUAAACUUUGGGUAAACCAUAGAGUUGUGAUGUGUUCAAUCCAGUGGGUUUAAGUUAAUCGUGUAUAGUUAGAAUAAGUAUUCCUUUACUUUAAUUAGUCAACAAUUUUUCUGCUUUCAUAUUUAUGUCUAACGUCGUUGAGUUUUUGAAAUUUAGUUCGUAUAUACAUACAAAUAUUAUUGUAUAUUAGAGUAAAUAAAGAAAGAGGGGAUUACAAUGAACAUCAUCCAAUGCUAUGCGCCUACCAACGAUUACAAUGAAGACGCUAAAGAUCAAUUCUCCGAUAGGCUGCAGUCAAUCAUCAAGAAGUGCCCAACAAAGGACCUGACCAUUCUGAUGGGGGAUUUCAAUACAUUCACAAAACCACAUGGACUUCACCGGAUCACACCACGCAAAACCAAAUAGACCAUAUCUGCAGCAACAAAAAGUUCAGGAGGACGAUCGAGGACGUGAGAACCAAGAGAGGAGCUGAUAUAGCAUCAGAUCAUCACUUGCUGGUCGCCAAGAUGAAAUUGAAACUCAAGAAGCACUGGACAACGGGGCGGACAAUAUCACAAAAGUUCAAUACGUCCAUUCUUCGGGAUACUGACAAAUUCAAUAAAUUCAAGAUAGUCCUCAGCAAUAAGUUCCAGGCCUUUCAUGAUCUACUUAAUGGAGAGGGAACUACUGUUGAGAGCAACUGGGAAGGGAUCAAAGAGGCAAUCAAUUCAACAUGUCAUUAGGUCCUGGGUCACAAGAAGCACCAUCACAAGGAAUGGAUCACUGUUGAUAUACUGGAUAAGACUCAGGAAAGAAGGAACAAGAAAGCAGCAAUCAAUACCAGUCGAACAAGAGCAUAGAAAGUUAAGGCACAAGCUGAAUAUACAGAAUUAAACAAACAAGUGAAGAGGAGCAUCAGAGCCGACAAACGUAAAUAUGUGGAAGAUCUAGCAAUGACGGCGGAAAAGGCUGCAAGAGAAGGAAACAUGAGACAACUGUAUGACAUAACAAAGAAACUGUCUGGAAAUCACCGCAAACCUGAAUGACCAGUGGAAAGCAAGGAAGGCAAGGUAAUCACCAACAUUGAAGAACAACGAAACAAGUGGGUAGAACACUUCAAAGAACUCUUGAACCGACCAGCCCCACUGAACCCACACAACAUCGAAGCAGCACUCACGGACCUCCCAAUCGAUGUUGGCCCAAUAACAAUUGAAGAAAUCAGCAUGGUCAUCAGGCAAAUCAAGAGUGGCAAAGCAGCAGGACCAGACAACAUCCCAGCAGAAGCACUGCAUGCAAAUAUAGCAGUAAAUGCGAGGAUACUCCACAUUCUCUUCAAUAAGAUUUGGGAUGAGGAACAAGUACCAAAAGACUGGAAAGAACGACUCCUGAUCAAAAUACCAAAGAAAGGCGAUCUCAGCUAGUGUGAGAAUUACAAAGGCAUCACUUUUCUCUCAAUACCGGGAAAAGUCUUCAACAGGGUAUUGUUAAACAGGAUGAAGGACUGCGUAGACGCCCAACUUCGUAACCAACAGGCAGGAUUCCGUAAGGAUAGACUGUGUACAGACCAAAUCGCAACUCUACGGAUCAUUGUGGAACAAUCAAUUGAAUGGAAUUCAUUACUCUACAUCAACUUCAUUGACUACGAGAAAGCAUUUGAUAGCGUGAAUAGGACAACACUAUGAAAGCUUCUUCUACACUACGGCGUGCCUCAGAAGAUAGUCAAUAUCAUAAGGAAUUCAUAUGAUGGAUUACACUGCAAAAUCGUGCAUGGACGACAGUUGACAAAGUCGUUCGAAAUAAAGACCGGUGUCAGGUAAGGUUUCUUACUCUCACCCUUCCUCUUUCUCCUGGUGACCGACUGGAUCAUGAAGACGUCAACAUCUGGAGGAAAACACGGGAUACGAUGGACAUCUAGGAUGCAGUUGGACGAUCUAGACUUCGCAGAUAAUCUGGCCCUUCAAUCCCAAGCGCAACAACAGAUGCGGGAGAAGACGAACAGUGUGGCAGCAGCCUCAGCAGCAGUAGGUCUCAAUAUACACAAAGGGAAAAGCAAGAUUCUCCGAUACAACACAGCAUGCACCAAUCCAAUCAAAAUUGACGGAGACGAUUUGGAAGAUGUAAAAACCUUUACGUAUUUGGGCAGCAUCAUUGAUGAACAUGGUGGAUCCGAUGCAGAUAUGAAGGCGCGGAUCGGCAAAGCAAGAGCAGCAUAUUUACAACUGAGGAACAUCUGGACCUCAAAGCAACUGUCAACCAACACCAAGGUCAGGAUUUUCAAUACAAAUGUCAAGACAGUUCUACUGUAUGGGGCAGAAACCUGGAGAACUACGAAAGCCAUCAUCCAGAAAAUACAGGUGUUUAUUAACAGUUAUCUACGCAAAAUACUUCGGAUCCGUUGGCCGGACACUAUUAGCAACAACCUACUGUGGGAGAGAACAAACCAGAUCCCAGCGGAGGAAGAAAUCAGGAAAAAGCGCUGGAAGUGGACAGGACACACAUUGAGGAAAACACCCAACUGCGUCACAAGACAAGCCCUCACAUGGAAUCCUGGAGGCCAAAGGAGGAGAGGAAGACCAAAGAACACAUUACGCCGAGAAAUGGAAAUAGACAUGAGAGAAAUGAACAAGAAUUGGAUGAAAUCAGAAAAGAAGGCCCAGGAUAGAGUGGGUUGGAGAAUGCUGGUCGGCGGCCUAUGCUCCAUUAGGAGUAACAGGUGUAAGUAAGUAAGUAAGUAAUAUUAGAGUAAAGCUUGAUGAGGACCUAAUCGAAAACAAUAUUGUUCACUUAUUGUUUCACUUGAUUUUAACGAAUAAAUUAAUAC